AUGAACAAAAUUGAAAAUCCAAAUAAUUCUAGCGAAGAAACUUCCAUAGUACAUGAUGAACUCAUUCAGUAUGUAGAUGGUAGAUAUUUAAGCCCAAUGGAAGCUGCUUGGCGUCUACAAGGAUAUCCUCUUUGUGGUAAAAUACCCGCUGUAGAACGUUUAGGAAUCCAUACAAAAGAUCAACAACAUAUAGUUUACGAAGAAAAUAAAGAAUUGCAAGCCUUAAACAAUAAAGAAACUACUUUAACAGCAUGGUUUAAAUUAAAUAAAAUUGAUGAUUUUGCAAAAACACUUAAAUAUGUUGAACUGACUGAAUAUUAUAGAUUUAAUAAAAAAUCAAAAUCUUGGAUAAAACGUUCACGUUCUUCUCAAUACAAUACUAUUGCUCGACUUAAUAUCGUAUCACCAAAAGAUACUGAGAGAUUUUUUUUUAAAUUAAUACUAAAUCGAGCAAGAGGUCCAACUUCAUUUGAAGAUUUGAAAAAUCAUAAAGAUAUAGAGUAUCAAACAUAUAAAGACGCAGCACUUGCAAUCGGCUUAAUAGAAGAUGAUUUACAUAUUUUUAUUAUUUUUGAAGAAGCUUGUCACAUCAUGUUACCAUUUCAAUUACGUAAAUUUUUUGCAUGGUUUAUUUUAGCAGAAAACAUACAGGGUAAUACAAUUUGGAACAAAUUUAAAAAUUAUUUCACCGAAGAUUUUAAGACAAAUAAAGAGAAUAAUGCUCUAUCUCAUAUUCAAAUUAUAUUAGAGAAUGAAGAAAAAUCUUGCAAAGAUUUCAGUUUACCAGAACCAAAUAGUAUUAUUAAUGAUGAUGCAACAUCUAUAGAUAAUGUCUUACAAAGUGCCGAUAUCUUUAAAUGUAUGUUUGAUCAAUUGACCGAUGAUCAAAAGGCAAUUUUUGAAGAGUUAGUUGACAAUGAACACAAAAUUUAUUUCAUUGAUGGACCUGGAGAAAUAGGAGAAGGUAAAGUCGAUACAUUUAAAAUUCCUCAAAAAUGGAAAACUACCGAUGUUUGCAAUGAAAUUUAUAAAAAUAUUAAUUUAGGCGCUUCCGUUAGUAGCGUGAUCUUAGCUCCUCAUGAUGAAGACAUCAAAAUUUUAAAUAACAAAGUUCUAAAAUUAUUACAUGGCGAAUCAAAGACAUAUUAUAGUGUAGAUUAUGCAACACAUAAAGGAGUAGAUUAA